AUGGUGAAGCCUGUGGUUUCAGCGAUGAAUGCAUGGACUUGCAUCGUCGUGUCGUUGUUCGCCAUUGUCAUUCUGUCCACUAUCGGCGCGCUGUUCAAGACAAACAGUAAUACCGUCAUGGGCAGCGAAGAGGACCCAAAGGAUGGUGGCGCGGUGGCUGGCGUCGUCUUCGGUGCCGUCUUCAUAUACAUUGGCUUCUUCGUCUUUUGCGGCCUGCAAGCCCUUCUACACCUGCGCGAGAGCCGCCGUGGCGCGAUAAGCCUGUCAUGA